CGCAAUAGAGAACAGCAUGGAGCUCACUCGCCUGAGCCUCGUCCUACUCUGCGCCGGAUUGCCACUGCUCCUCUUCUCCCGUGCAGAGGCAGGCGAGGUAGGCGUGUGCUACGGCAGGAACGGGAACAACCUGAUGGACCCAGCGUCGGUGGUGCAGCUGCUGAAGAAGAAUGGCAUCACGUCGGUGAGGGUGUACGACACCGACCAGGGCGUGCUGAACGCGAUGAAGAACAGCGGCAUAAAGAUGGUGGUGGCGGUACCCAACGAGAUGCUCCCGUCCGCGGCCGGGGACCCAGAUUGGGCCGUCCAGUGGGCCAAGAACAACCUGUUGCCCUACUACCCUGCCACGGAUAUCCGUGGCGUCACGGUAGGGAACGAGGUCUUCAAGCAGGCAAACGAGCAUACGUCGCACCUCGUCCCGGCCAUGAAGAAUGUCCAGGAGGCGCUGGCUGGCCUGGGCCUGGCCGACGCCGUGAAGGUGACCACGCCGAUAGCGCUCGAUGCGCUUAAGCCAUCGUCGUUCCCGCCGUCCGCAGGUGAGUUCAAGGACGACAUCGCGCAGUCGGUGAUGAGUCCCAUGAUUGACUUCUUGGAGCAGACAGGCUCGUACCUCAUGGUCAACAUCUACCCGUACUACGCGUAUUCGUCGUCCAAUGGCGCCAUGGACAUCAACUACGUGACCUUCCGCCCCAACGGCGGCGUGGUCGACAGACGGACCGGCCUCACCUACUACAGCCUAUAUGAAGCCCAGCUGGACACUGUGUAUUAUGCGAUGGAGAGGCUGGGCUCCUCCAGCUCCAGGAACCACACUAUGAAGAUGCGAAUGCUCAGGGGAAGGCGUGCCCCGAAGCCGAAGGUGCCCGCAAAAGGCGGGGAGUCGAACCCGGGAGGGUGCGCCUACUGCCCACAGAGCCUGGGCUUCACAAAGGCGGACGCCCAAGCCUACACCAAUAACCUCAUCAAACUUGCGCUCUCCGGCGCCGGCACCCCGCACCGCCCUGAAUUCGACAUCUCCGUAUACAUCUUCGAACUUUUCAACGAGAACGAGAAGCCGACAGUCGAGGAGCAAAACUACGGCCUGUUCUACCCCAACGGCCAGCCGGUGUAUCAGGUCGACUUCGGGGCCGGCGACAAGACAAGCAGCUGGUGCGAGGCGAACGCAGCGGUCGGGGACGCACGCCUCCAGGCAGCGCUGGACUGGGCGUGCGGCAACGGGGCAGACUGCAGCGCCAUCCAGCCCGGGAAGCCAUGCUACGAGCCCAACACCAAGGUGGCGCACGCCACCUACGCCUUCAACGACUACUACCUGCGCAAGGGCCGGGCCAGCGGGACGUGCGACUUCUCCGGCGCCGCUUCCAUUGUCUACCGGCAACCAGCAGGCACCUGCGACCCCAAGGCAGGGAGUUGGUGCGUGGCGAACGCGGCGGUCGGGGACGCUCGGCUGCAGGCGGCGCUGGACUGGGCGUGUGGCCACGGGGCGGACUGCAGCGCCAUCCAGCCCGGCGCGCGCUGCUUUGAUCCUGACACAAAGGUUGCGCACGCGUCUUACGCAUUCAACGACUACUACCAACGCAACGGACGGUCUGGCAGCUCAUGCCAUUUCGGCGGAGCCGGCUCCGUUGUUCACCAGGCACCAAAGAUUGGAAACUGCGUGCUGCGAUCAAGGGCCUGAAGACCUGAACCGACAACUGGUAGUAAAGACCAAAGGCCUAAUAGCUUGGAAUAAUGAACUCAACGCUCUAAUACUCAAAGUGUCUCAAAGAAAGAAAAAAACUACUUCGUAUCAAAGUAUAUAGCCAGUUUUCUGCUGUAAAACUAGGCGAAUAAACCCAUGCACUUUGCGAUCCAUCGGUCUACGUCUUAUACUCCCUCCGUUUGGAAUUACUUGUCGCAUAAAUAGAUGUAUCUAGACGUAUUUUAGUUCUAGAUACAUCCAUUUUCGAGACAAGUAAUUCCGAACGGAUGGAGUAGUAUAUUGGAA